AUGUCGUUACUGGCUCCAACUACUCAACAAAAUGAACGUCCGAGACUGGACGGUAUCUUGCGGAGCGAAUUACACAUGGCAAAUCCUGGCCCACUGGGUUUCGGCAGCUUCGCAACCACACUCAUGACUCUUUCUCUAUCUAUGAUGGGCGUUGGCGACGUUUCGAAUCAAAGUGUGUUCAUUGCAAACCUUUGUUUCUUAGCGGGCAUUGGUCUUCUUAUCAGUGCUCAGUGGGAGAUGGUCAGGGCUUUCUACUAUGGUGGCUAUGGUGUGUUGCUCAUGCCUUCCAUGGGUAUAGUCGAUAGCUAUGGAGGAAAGACCGCCGAGUAUUACAACGCAUUUGGUCUCUAUCUUGGAGUGUGGUCUGUCUUCAACUUCUGUUUCUUCAUAGCUUCUCUCUCGACGAACGUUGCCAACAUCAUCAUAUAUAGCGCUUUGGAAAUUUCCUACAUCCUAAAUUGCGCGGCGAACUUUGCUAUGGCUCAAGAAAAAUGGUCGAUUGGACACACUCUUACUGUUGGGGCUGGCGCCUUUGGUCUGAUCUCUGCUCUUACAGGCUUCUAUGUGCUGGUUCAAGAUCACUUCAUCGCUGUCGCGACCAAAGCCGUAGCCCUCAACCCUGCAGACUGGGAAAUGGUCGAGGAUCAUCCAUCUAAGGGAGCAAUUGGUGGCUAUGGUUAUUCCGGGGUUGUCGAAGAAAUGGGCAACUGCGUGAAGGGUCUGAAGGUCGGCGAUGGAGUAGCUGGAUUUGCGCAAGGCGAAACGCUGGCUGUCCAGUUCGCGAGAUUGUCUGGCGCGAAGGUCUUUGCAACUGCGUCGCUGCCCAAUAUCGACUUCGUUAAGGAACUUGGCGCAGACCAUGUGUUUGACUAUAAGGACCGUUGUUAUGGCGGGAAGAUUCGCAAAGCUAGCAAUGAUGAGUCGAAGCCGGUAUUUGAUUGUAUGGCUGAGCAUGGAAAGGAGAAGAUCUGCGCCACAGCCAUCAGUUCUAAAGGCGGGAAAUACUCUGGGCUUAGCCUUGAGGCGUUGAAUGACCUCCCGCGCCAAGAUGUGAAACAUGGCUGGAAUUUUGGCUAUACGGGACUGGGGCGAGAGGCCUACUUGGAAAACAUCGUCAAGAUACCUGGAAAUGUCAGCUUCGCGCACGCUGCUGUAGCCACUGAUGCCGUCUCUACGGCGUAUCACGCUGUCGUUGUCGAGGGCAACGUCAUGGAGACGUCAACCGUCGCUAUCGUUGGUCUAGGAGGUCUUGGACUCAACGCCUUGGCGAUAGCAGCUGCACGAGGGGCUCAGGUUUAUGGGGUCGACAUCAUUACAUCUAAGUUCGAGAAGGCGAUCUCGAUGGGCGCUAUUCAAUGCGCCACAAGCCUAAGCCAUCUCUCAACCCAACACUUCGAUGUCAUUAUAGACUUCGCUGGUGCUCAGUCGACGGUCGAAGCUGCUGUAACCACGGUAAAGCUUGGAGGCAUCGUUGUGGUGGUUGGAUUAGCCUCGGACACUAUCAAGCUUUCAACAACCGACAUUGUUACCCGAAAUAUCACCAUCAGAGGCUCUACAAGUGCGAGUAUUGAAGACCUACACAAUGUCCUUGGUCUUAUCUCUUCAGGGGUCAUACAGCCCUUGGUAGAAGAGAUAGCUUUCCACGAUAUUCCUAAAGAGCUCGAGCGUCUUAGCUCAAAACAAGUUACUGGGCGUCUUUUUACAGUGCCUGUUCCGGACAUGUAG